AUGCUCAACAACUUUCGUCGAUUUCUCAGCUCAAUUAGUACCUCUGCGGAUAGUCACAACUCUUCCUACUCAGUCAACAUUGAUUAUAUUGAAAUUCCCAUUGAGGAAUGGAGUCAUAAAGUAGUUAUGAACUUUUUAUACAAGGAACAAUUCUUUGAAUUGAUGAACAAAGUUGCCAAAUUAAAAUACGAAGGACCUGACUUGUUGAAAUCGAAUCAAGUUCUGCAACAGGAGUUGAGUGUUCAUGAAGAUGAAAUUACUGAAUUAUUAACGCGUGUGGAGAAGGUGAAAUUAAAACAAGGUUAUUAUCGACGGAAACAGCUGGAACAAGAAUACGAAAGCAUCACUCCUCGAAGUGGUGGUACUUCCUCCAAAUCCAUUCCAGUAACUAUCGGAGCAUCAUCAGCAACAUCCUCUCAUCACUCCUCCUCCUCCUCAUCAUCACCUAGUAGUAGUAGUAGCCAUCGGCAAAAGCUCAACAAGGCUCCAAAUAGUAGCAGCAGUUACCAUCCACAUCAUCAUCAACAACAACAUUACACAAGCAAUUUGAUGGGAACGGUGCAAUUGAGUUCGACAUUGGACCAUUCGCAAUUGUUGAUGCAACAGCAACAGCAACAACAGCGACACCACCACUUGAUGAAUCCGAAUGGUGUCUAUAACAACAUCAACAACAACAAUAACAGCAGCACCUUCUCAAAGAGUGAAGCUCCUCUUUCAGGCGGAAUGCAAGCCUAUUCCAUGUUGUGUUCAACCUUUCUGACUCAAGAAGACAAUAUCAACAGCAACAACAACAACAACAAUGGCGAUUCUUCAUCUACUUCUUCAUCAUUAUCAUCGAGAAAACAAUUCCAAAGCAAUGGAGGUUUAACCUUUGAUGCUAAUGCUCGUAUCAAUCCGCAGCGCACGACUCAUAACAACCACCACCAUUCACCAAAAACCAUCUCCACAUCACCUCUCAAUGUAUUUCCACCCAAUACACCACCUCCUACCCGAUCUCAAGAUGGAACUUUACAAAUCAAUGAUCGACGAUAUGAAUUAUUGAAGGAAACUUUUAAAAAGCAACUCAAAGAAUCUCAAUUAUUGGCCGAGAGAUCGUACCGACUUCAAAAGUUCAAGAAUUGCUUUACAGGAAGUGAUGCAACCUCACUCAUCUAUCGGAUGAUUAGUGAAGGCAUUGCCUCAGCCACACGUUUUGAUGCCAUCGAUAUUGGAAACAAAAUGAUCAAGGAUGGUUUUAUCAAGCACGUGUUGGGAAGUGAGGAUUUCAAAGACGAAUCCUUGCAAUACUAUAUCAUUAAUGAGGACAAGGCAAUCACUGAAGAUCGCAGUAGUUCUUCCAAAACACUCUCUUCUGCGUUUUUCGUUGAGGAAGAUCGAUCCAUUACCAAAGACAUUACUACACCAGCUACGACCGAUUUGAUUAUGAAUGGCCAAAUUGGAAAGAAAAUGUUGACACUGAUUACAAAUCCUGAUACGUUGUUGGAGGCGUUGGUAUUUUCACAGAACAUCCUUUCUGAAAAGGAAAAGCAAGGAAUUGAAAUUGUCAAGAAAAAACUCUCACGGUUAAAGUAUCCAGUCUCAGAUGUCCAAUUACCUGCAAUUGUUCAAGAUUUGACGAUUCCUGAAAGAUUUUGUUAUAAUUAUUUGAAUCCAAAUAGGAUUCCACGAAACAAAAAGGAAUUACUAGAGAAAAUAGAUGGUGCCCAAUUUUUGACCAUUGGUUUAGCUGUUAUUUGUACGAAUAGUUUAGGAGGCGAGAUUUAUAGUUUUGCGUUACUGGUAGGAACAUUUUUAGUUGAGUUUUCUGAUCGAGCUUUCUUAGCAUUGGUCAGAGAAAAGGAUUUUAAUUGUGUGGAUUUUAUUGAGCUCUCAACAAUCAAAGAAAAGGAAAAUAUUGAACUAUGCCUCAAAACUGUGAGCAAAUGUUGCUGUAAAUGGAACGAAAGACAAGUUGGAAAAAAUUCAAACUCCAAAACUUUUGUUACGGAACUCUUUCGAUGGAUUGAUAUUCCUGAUAGCACCGUUCAACGAGUGGUAAGCCAAAUUGAAACAGCAGUAGAUUAUUAUCCAAUCAAUUCUAAAUCUAUCAUUCUACACAAGGAUCAACUGGAUGCUAUUAUCAAAAUUGCAGAUAUGCGAGAAGGAGGAAUUUCACCUUCUCUGAGACAAGUUUUGGAAGAUUGCAGUAGUAGCCACUCUAAAAAGUUAACAUUUAGAACGCAUGCGGAUUUGGAUGAAUUUUGUUUCCUCCUGAAAAAUACCAACAUCCUUAAUUCUGUGCAAAACUUACUUCUCACAGCAUUUGAUAAGAACUUUUUCUGUCAAUAUCGUGAAAAUAUCAAUUUACCAAAUUCAGAACCAAUUUUGUACGAAACUUGCCAAUCCUUAGGCUUGGACCGUGGAUUUACUAACUCGACAUCAAUUUGUAAAAUAGACGACAAAUAUUCGUGUGCAUUCCAAGGACAUGGAAUUGCUAAAAAACUAGAACUACCAUCCUCUGUAUCCACUUCAAUUGAAAGUUCGCCUUCUCCCUAUCAAUAUUUCCCUUGCAGUGUGCCAUUACCGCAUCGAUCUCAGUAA